AAGAGUGUGAAUUAUUGUCAAGACGAAAUAACUCCAGCAAAUCAAAUCCAUCCACGUGUCAUUUCAAUUGUACACAUCAGCAAAAAACUUCCCUCCUCCCUAUCCAUAUACCUUAUUCUCUCUGUUUUCUCCUCUUGUCCAUCCAAAAAAACCAGCAAAAUUCACACAAUACACUUCAAAUUAAUCUUCAAUUCUUGCAAAUUUCUUCAAGAUUUCUCAAUUUUCAAACACCCAAUUGACCAAAAUAAUGAAAAAAGAUCUCAGAUUUUGAACAUUUUUGAAGGAAAAAACAACAACAAAGGAGCUAGAGAAAGGGCAUAUACUUGAAAAUGGAGUGUGUUGGAGCUCAAAACUUUGGAGCAAUGGCGGUUUUUACGCGUCCGAGAUUGAAACCAUUAGGAGGGAGGAGAGUUAUGCCAAGAAAAAAGCAAUCUUUUUGGCCUAUGAGUAUGAAAGUGAAGUGUAAUAUUAGUAGUGGAAGUGAGAGUUGUGUAGUUGAUAAAGAAGAUUUUGCUGAUGAAGAAGAUUAUAUAAAAGCUGGUGGUUCACAGCUUGUUUUUGUUCAAAUGCAGCAGAAAAAAGAUAUGGAUCAGCAAUCUAAGCUUUCUGAUAAGUUGCGACAAAUAUCAGCUGGACAAACUGUACUGGAUUUAGUGGUUAUUGGCUGUGGUCCUGCUGGUCUUGCUCUUGCUGCGGAGUCAGCUAAAUUGGGGUUGAACGUGGGGCUCGUUGGGCCUGAUCUUCCUUUCACAAACAACUAUGGUGUAUGGGAGGACGAGUUCAAAGAUCUUGGGCUUCAAGCCUGCAUUGAACAUGUUUGGCGGGAUACCAUUGUAUAUCUUGAUGAUGCUGAUCCUAUUCUUAUUGGUCGUGCUUAUGGAAGAGUUAGUCGCCAUUUACUGCACGAGGAGUUGCUGAAAAGGUGUGUGGAGGCAGGUGUGUUAUAUCUAAACUCGAAAGUGGAUAGGAUAGUUGAUGCCACAAGUGGCCACAGUCUUGUAGAGUGCGAGGGCGAUGUUGUGAUUCCCUGCAGGUUUGUAACUGUUGCAUCGGGAGCAGCCUCGGGGAAGUUCUUGCAGUAUGAGUUGGGAGGUCCCAGAGUUUCUGUUCAAACAGCUUAUGGAGUGGAAGUUGAGGUCGAUAACAAUCCAUAUGACCCGAGCCUGAUGGUUUUCAUGGAUUAUAGAGACUAUGUCAGACACGACGCUCAAUCUUUAGAAGCUAAAUAUCCAACAUUUCUCUAUGCCAUGCCCAUGUCUCCAACACGAGUCUUUUUCGAGGAAACUUGUUUGGCUUCAAAAGAUGCAAUGCCGUUUGAUCUGUUAAAGAAAAAACUGAUGUUACGAUUGAACACCCUCGGUGUAAGAAUUAAAGAAAUUUACGAGGAGGAAUGGUCUUACAUACCGGUUGGUGGAUCUUUGCCAAAUACUGAGCAAAAAACACUUGCAUUUGGUGCUGCUGCUAGCAUGGUUCAUCCAGCCACAGGUUAUUCAGUUGUUAGAUCACUGUCUGAAGCUCCAAAAUGCGCCUCUGUACUUGCAAAUAUUUUACGACAAAAUCAUACCAAGAACAUGCUUACGAGUUCAAGAACCCCGAGUAUUUCAACUCAAGCUUGGAACACUCUUUGGCCACAAGAACGAAAACGACAAAGAUCAUUUUUCUUAUUUGGACUGGCUCUGAUAUUGCAGCUGGAUAUUGAGGGGAUAAGGUCAUUUUUUCGUGCAUUCUUCCGUGUGCCAAAAUGGAUGUGGCACGGAUUUCUUGGUUCAAGUCUUUCUUCAGCAGACCUCAUGUUGUUUGCCUUCUACAUGUUUAUUAUUGCACCAAAUGACAUGAGAAAAGGCCUAAUCAGACAUCUUUUAUCUGAUCCUACUGGUGCAACAAUGAUAACAACUUAUCUUACAUUUUAGAACAAAUUCCUCCUGCAAUAGUUGUUGAAUCAGAGGCCUCAUUACUUCAGAUGCAUAAGAGAAAUCGCGGUCUCUCGAGGCCUUGUAUAUAACGUUUUCACUAGGUUAAAAUGCUUAAAUAAGUUGCACAGCUGCAAUUUUUGUAUCUGCUUCUUUUUGUCCAAGAUGUAUUGAUCUAUUAAACUCUAUUUAGUAGUAUCAAUAAAUGAGUGAUGAGUUUUCUGA